AUGCCUGGGGAUUCGACUGCGGCUGCGUCGACAGUAGGCAGUGGUGACGAUGAUUCAAGUACUCCUGCUCCUCCGCUAGCAGCUCGUUCGUCCCCUCCCGAUGAAGACGAGAAGGAGAGCAGCGGCGACACGUCUCUGGGCGUGCUUGCUGAAGCCGCUCGGCGACUCUCGUCUGAUUGA